AUGUCUGAGCUCACUCGCACUUUGCCUGCCUCCUGGUAUUGCAGCCAGCCCUUGUAUCAGAUGGAGCGGCGGGCAGUCUUUCUCAAAUCCUGGUACUUGCUUGGUCCAGUCACCCGAUUCCAGGUUGUGGGUGAGCAUGUUCCAUAUGAAGUUGCGCAACGGCCUGUCUCUGCGGUUCGCACCUCGGGGGAGACCCUGAACCCUAUCGCCGAGGAGCUGAAGGUUGUUUGCACAAAAACGGGCAAAGAACUUUGCAACCAUCUCACCCCGACGGGGCUUCUCUUCUCAACUAUCUCCGACGAUGCUCCCAGUUUCCAUGAAUUCUUCCCAGAGCUUGAGGAGCUACUCGGCAAAGUCGACUUCACCAAGCUGCCACAUCGUCGUAGUCUCAACUAUGAAGGCCGGUUCAACUGGAAAACCAUGGUCGACGGAUAUCAAGAGUGUCUACACUGCCAAUACACCCAUCCGUCUUUCUCCAAAUACUACCCGCCGACCUUCUACACCGUGCGCAACAAGCACAACUUCUCGCAGCAUAUCGCAGACCCGAAAAAGUCAGAUGACGGUCUAUUCCUGUAUUUCUUCCCCACGUGCACGCUGAAUGUCUAUGGUGGUGGAAUGUCCUGCUUCAGAGUAUGUCCGACCGCUGACCCGCAUGUCACGCGCAUGGAAUUCGAUUACUUCCAUCUUGAAUCUGGAGACAAGUUCGAAGAAUACUUUAAAUUCGUACGCCAAGUUGCUAUGGAAGACUUCGAGCUCUGCGAGAAGGCCCAGAGCAAUCUAGCCAAGGGGGUCUAUCACGAGGGAAUUUUGAAUCCAAAUAAGGAGAACGGCGUGUCUUACUACCAGAGUCGAGUAUUUGACAUGGUCUGUGAACAGCAUGAGUUUGAGAGGACCGCCAAGACAGUGAAAGAGUCUGGAAUGGGGGAACACGUUGCAUCCUCCAUAGUUCAAAUGACAGCGUAG